AUGCCUCGUCGAUCGUCUCGGGCCGUUCCCGUGUCGGCGGCAGCACCAGCGCCAGUACAAAAAAGGCGCGCGUCUGACAGACUCCCCACUGCCUCCAAGACAGGAUCAAAAAGACAAAAGUCCGACGUCACUACUACCACCACUGGAAGGCCCGUCAGAUCCACCUCAAAGAAAAGCAAAUACUUCCAGGAAGAAUAUUCAGAUGAUUCAGGAACUGACUCCAACAAUGGCUCCCCGCCGGAGGAUUCCCCCUCCAACUACGACGACUCCGCAUCCUCCGCUGCAGAAUCAGUCGCAUUUCCCACAGCUAGUGAGGCGACAGAAAACCCAAGAAAAAAACCUGGGAGACCACGAAAGAGCCUAGGAAGCAAUAAGGGAGACACAGAAGGCACUAGAAAGAAAUCGGACAGUGUUCCAAAAGGUGAUACGAAUGAAGCAUUGAAUGAUAAGCAAUUGUGGAAGGAAGGUGUCAAAGCCGGCCUUGGACCUGGAAAAGAGGUCUUCAUCAAGAAGCCCAAAGCAAGGGAUGCAGGUACUGUGCCCUAUCAGGAGCAUACCUUGCAUCCCAACACCUUCCUUUUUCUUGUGGACUUGGCAGAGAACAAUGAGAGAGCUUGGCUCAAAGGUAACAAUAUACCAUGCGGAGGAAAUCAGGGCUCUGAAUCUCAGCUGACUAUGGUCACAAUUCAUAGCGCACGAUCCGGACUACCGUGCGUCUAA